CUGACUCAAGUAAGAAAAGAUGGAAUUGGAACUGGUUUAUCAGAUGUGGGAGAUAACAUCCAGCUAAUAAACAGCGAGGAUCUGAGCCCCGGACACCAGAUCUACGGCCAGUUAAUAGCAAGCAGCCUUCACAGAGAGUUGAGGACCUGACAUCAUCAUGAAGAUAUUCGCUGUCGCUUUGGUGCUCUUGCUGAUUAAAGAAUCCAAGGGAGCAGCCAUCCCCGAAGAUGUGCCCAAGACCAACAAAUCAACAAGCUGGGAGCAACCUAUUUGGGACUUGGUUAAACUUGGGCAUGAGAUAGUCAGUGCGGCUGUCAGCAUGUUGUCCAAGUCCGACGUGGCCAAAACCACUCUUGCAAAGCUGUCAAACAAUACGGGACACGUUGAGGAUCUGUUCGAGAACGUGAUAAAGGAACUGUACACCCUGUCGAAGGAGCUGGAAUGGAAAGGAGUCCCAAUGACUCAGCAUAUCGUCAAGCAGGGCAGAAUGCUCCAGGACCAGCUGGACGCCGUGGGAUCUCAGGUCCACGAAGCAAUUGGGAAUGAAACCUACAGCAUCAUUCACGAGAAGCUGGGGAAGAUCCACAGCGACGUCCAGCAGUACCGUGAGAACCUGAUCCUCAUCUCCAGCCAGUUUAACCAGACCCUUGAGGGCACCACCGCGCAGGUGGAGAAAUGGCACAAGCGGGUCACUGACUAUGUGGAGCCACUUCAUGAGGAGCUCCGCAAUCACAUCGAAGACCUGAGGAAGUUCCUCUCGCCCAUCAUUCACAACUCCGUGAAAGACUAAAGAAACUUGAACACUUUGUUGCAAAAUGGAAUGAGGCACCGCUGCCAACUGUUGAGCCUUCGAGUGUCCUAUCUUGGUGCCCCCGACUCUGAUGAAAUUAUAACUUCAACUUUAAACCAAUCCUGAUAUCAACAGUGUAUUAUUCAGUCCCAAUCUAGAAAAAAAGUGAUCUACAAUUGAUCCAAACACAUUUCACCGAGUUGGGCCCGAAUGGCCUAAUUCUGAAGCUAUCACUUAUGAAUGGUAAAUUUGUGGCACAAAGAUUCACUCCUUCAAGAGAAUGCAGUGGUGGGAAAAACAAAGUGCUGGAGGAACGUGUUGGGCCAGGCAGCGUCCGUGGAGGGAAAUGUACAGCCGACAUUUCAUGUUGGUCUGAAGAAGGGUCCUGACCUGAAACGUCGUCUGCCCAUUUCCCUUCACGGAUGCUGCCCGGCCCGCUGAGUUCCUCCGGCAUGCUUUGUUUUUUAUCCACACCUCCAAUCCCAGUCUGCCACGUUAAUUGGCCCAUGGAUGUGACCUGCAGUCUGGGGUGGGACGAAAGGGCCUGUUCCACUUGGCAAUUUUUUCGGUGACUGCCGGCAUCAUUGACUGUCGGAUCAGGUCACGGAAAAUGUUGCGAUGUGAUGACGCAUUGACGUGGUGUUUCUGCAAGUGUCACAACAUUUAUUUUGUCCCCGCUGGAUUUUGAAAUGUUCAAAAUCUUUUGGCGACCCUGAUAUGACUCCGGCAGUCGCCGAAAAAAAUCACCAAGUGGGACACGCCCUUAACGGUGAGAGAUUCAGUGCCAAGGUUGUACGAGUGAAAAUCUGGUGGUGACUUCUGGACAAGCCCCCUGGGCAAGGAAAUCUGGGCGUUGCUGUCUGCAAUAGAUCUGCCCCUCCACAGUCCAUACACUCACUAACCUAACUGAUGUAUCAAUCCUUUACAGUCAUCUUGGUGUAAAAAAAAGAAAAGAAAACCUGGAGGUUUAUCAAUUGAGAAGUAACACAAGAUUUUGAUACGACUAACUACAGAUGAACAAUCCCUACCCUUACGCUGGGAUUUAAUUCCAUCACAAUGAUCUUUUCAACAUAUCGUGAAAAUUAUACCAAAUUUUUAUUUUGAGCAUCAUUUAUCGUAUUUUAGAUUCCCCCUUAACCAAUAUAUAUUCAUUUCAUAGACACAGAACGCUGGAGAAACUCAGCGGGUCAGGCAGCAUCGCUGGAGAGAAGGGAUGUGUGAUGUUUCGGGUCGAGACCCUUCUUCAGACUUGACCCGGAAAGUCACACAUUCCUUCUCUCCACAGAUGCUGCCUGACCUGCUGAAUUACUCCAGCUUUUUUUUACCUAUCUUCGGUUUAAACCAGCAUCUGCGGUUCCUUCCUACAUAUAUUCAUUUUAUUCUUGGUUAAAAUAUUAAAAAGGUUAGAUUUUUUUUUAAAACUUCCCUGUUUGGCAUCUAUAUGGUUGAUUGGUUGAUCUACAUGUUUGUAAGUUCAUAAGUCGUAGGAGCAGAUAUUAGGCCAUUCGGCCCGUCAAGAUAACUCCGCCAUUCAAUCAUGGCAGAUCAUUCUUUCCCUCUCAACCCCAUUCUCCUGCCUUCUCCCCAUAACCCCUGGCACCCGUACUAGUCAAGAAGCUAUCAACCUCCACCUUAAAAAUAUAAAUUGACUUGGCCUCCACAGCUAUCUGUGGCAAUGAAUCCCACAGAUUCACCACCUUCUGACUGUGAUAUCAGUAAUUCUCAGCUGUACUUUCUGUAGAGGAUGAAUGCCCCCAUUGAGCCAUCCAGCCUACACCAACCUGAUAUAGACAUCAAAGAAUGAAUGUUGAUGGAUAUGAUGACGGAGGGGCAAACUCAGUGGGUGCAGCAGCAUCUAUGGAGCGAAGGAACGUUUCGGGCCGAAACCGCCCGCUCUAUCAGGAUACAAGUGUCUUUCCUUGAUAAACCAGCAUCUGCAGUUCUUAAAUUUGUAAGUGAUAGGAACAGAAUGAGUCCACUCAGCCCCUUGAGUCUACUCCACCAUUCUAUCAUGGCUGACCUAUCUUUCCCUCUCAACCCCAUUCUCCUGCCUUCUCCCCAUAACCUUUGACACUUUUUCUAAUCAAGAACCUGUCAAUCUCCGCUUUAAACGUACCCAAUGACUUGGCCUCCACAGCCGUCUGUGGGCAAUGAAUUCCACAGAUUCACCACCCUCUGGCUAAUUAUAUUGCUUCUUAUCCCCUUUCUAAAUGAACAUCCUUUAAUUCUGAGGCUGUGCCCUCUGGUCCUAGACUCUCCCACCAGUGGAAACAUCCUCUCCACAUUCACUCUAUCCAGGCCUUUCACUAUGUACUUGCCAGUUUUCAGUCAAGCACAUUUGCACCUAAAUGUUAGAGAUAACUCAGAAUGAGAAAUAUUUGUCUGAUAAUCCGCUCAGAUGUUGAACGUGCGUCCAAUAAAAUGGAACAAGACACUCAUGGCUUAAUAUAAUCAGAUCUGAAAAAUAUCUAUAAAUGUAAAGGCUGUAUGAAUAAAAGAUGUUACAAUGAAAUUUAACCAGUGGUAAAUAUUGCAAAUUUUCUUCUUUCUGAAACUAUGUAACAAUUUAAGAUUAUUUUAAUAUUGGUGGCUGCAUUUAAUUGUCGAUAGUAAUAAGAAUGAUGCAUUGAAGUAACAUGGUUGAAAUGAGCCUGAAUGUGUUUUCAAGUUGUGCGUUGUACUUAUUGUAGCAAGAAAUAAAGGUUUCUUUGGAAUUAU